UGUAACUCAUUCUCUGUCUAUCCACUCGGGUUUCCCCAGCACUCCAGACAAGACUGCCUGCCACUCUGUCUCGCCCCUCAGUGUCCUUCACUCACCAACCGCUCAAGACCAGCCAGGAUGUCGGUCAGGAAAACUACCAGCUACACCGUCAAGUCCUCUUCCUCUGGGGCAGCCCCUCGCAGCUUCAGCAGCAUGUCCUACUCUGGACCCAGCCAGGGGGCCUCUCGCCAGAGCUACAGCGCCCGUAGCUCCUAUGGAGGGGCCAACAGGGGCAUGGGAGGUGGGUUCGGGGCCGGUGGUGGAGGUGGCAGCUACAUUUCCAGCUCCUCUGCCUAUGGAGGUGGCAUGGGCCUGGGGAUGGGGAUGGGUAUGGGUAUGGGUAUGGGUGGUGGCGUUCAUGCCCCCAUCACCGCUGUCCAGGUGAACAAGAGCCUGCUAGCCCCCCUCAACCUGGAGAUCGACCCCAACAUCCAGAUCGUCCGCACCAAUGAGAAAGAACAGAUCAAGGGCCUCAACAACCGCUUCGCCUCCUUCAUUGAUAAGGUACGCUUCCUGGAACAGCAGAACAAGAUGCUGGAGACCAAGUGGAACCUCCUCCAGGGACAGACCACCACCCGCUCCAACAUCGACGCCAUGUUCGAGGCUUACAUAUCCAACCUGCGCAGACAGCUGGACGGCCUGGGCAACGACAAGAUGAAGCUUGAGGCUGACCUGCACAACAUGCAGGGCCUGGUGGAGGACUUCAAGAACAAGUAUGAAGAUGAGAUCAACAAGCGCACCGAGUGUGAAAACGACUUUGUGCUGAUCAAGAAGGAUGUGGACGAGGCCUACAUGAACAAGGUUGAGCUGGAGGCUAAGUUGGAGAGCCUAACAGAUGAAAUCAACUUCCUGAGGCAGAUCUAUGAGGAGGAGCUGCGUGAGUUGCAGGGCCAGAUCAAGGACACCUCAGUGGUGGUUGAGAUGGACAACAGCCGUAACCUGGACAUGGACUCCAUUGUGGCUGAAGUACGUGCCCAGUAUGAGGACAUCGCCAACAAGAGCCGGGCUGAGGCCGAGACAUGGUACAAGAGCAAGUAUGAGGAGAUGCAGACAUCUGCUACCAGAUAUGGAGAUGACCUGCGAUCCACCAAGACAGAGAUCGCUGAUCUGAACCGCAUGAUCCAGAGACUGCAGUCUGAGAUCGACUCCGUCAAGGGACAGCGUGCCAACCUGGAGAACCAGAUCGCCGAGGCUGAGGAGCGCGGGGAGAUGGCGGUGAAGGACGCCAAGCUCCGCAUCAGGGACCUGGAGGAUGCCCUCCAGAGAGCCAAGCAGGACAUGGCCCGGCAGAUCAGAGAAUACCAGGAGCUGAUGAACGUCAAACUGGCCCUGGACAUUGAGAUCGCCACCUACAGGAAGCUGCUGGAGGGAGAGGAGGACAGGAUAGCAACUGGUAUUCAGUCCAUCAACAUCUCCAAACAGAGCUCAAGCUACAACUCCUUCCCUAUGGAGAGUGCUAACAGCACCUACAGCAGUGGCUACUCCAGUGGUUUCGGCGGUGGUUUCGGCGGUGGUUUCGGCAGUGGAUACGGAGGUGGAUACAGUGGCAGCAACUACAGCACCGGUAGCGGCUACGGUGGCGGCAGCACCUCCAACGUCACCACCCAGAACAAGAAGAGUGUCGUCAUCAAGAUGAUCGAGACCAAGGAUGGGAAAGUUGUCUCCGAGUCCUCCGAAGUGGUUGAUGAUUGAGCGGCUGGAUGAUGCCCUCUUGUCUACUCUCUUGAUCACCAUUCCACUACAGUGUAACAAUUAAAGUCAAAGGCAAACAAUGUUACAUGAGCACAAAUAUAAAUGUGGCUGUUCAGCAAUAAACAGUUUUAAUCCAACCAAAGAUUUUAAGGGGACCACAGAAUAUUUUUCUUGUUCAUACUGUAUGUCUUAUGCCUAUUCUAAUUCUGUACUAAAACUAAAUGCUUGCAGGAAAUUAGCAAAAAAUGAAGUUGCAACUUGUAGAACAUUCUGUCCAAACCUCUGCAACCUUGAUAACUGUAAAGAGGGCCAUUCUCUGAGUUCAGUGGCAUGACAUGGAUGAUAAUGUGUUCUGUCCAUGACAAGCGUUGCUCAGAGUGGGUGUGAAUGUGACAGUACAGCACCAGUGUUCUUGGUCAACCUGUCUAAAAUGUCUGCUAUGCUAGAUAGUAGUGCAUGUCUUCCCUGUUGUGUUCUGUUGGACCCCAAAGAAGCUUCCCACCGUUGCCUGAGGUGCUGUUUUUGCUACCAAACAAUUAAAUGUGUUUUUACUGAAAACGUA